AUUGAGGAGGUGACCGACACGAGUAAAGUGGAAGAAAAGAAGGAAGAGAAUCGAACGGGGUCUCCUGAGGUCGUACAAGUCACUGAAGACAAGAAGAAAGACUGA